CAGACAGCAUGGAUUUCCUCCGGCUACAUCUCCCUGGGCUGCAUCAGGCCUUGAGGGGGGCACUGGAGUCUUUCAGCACCUUUGUCUCCUACCUUAUAGGAGAUGAUGUCCCCACUGCAGAGAGGAGGGAGGCGUGUGCAGCUGAGGAACUGGGGGAGGUGGCUGCAGGAAGGCUCCGGGGGAAGGCAGAGGAGGAAGCCCAGGAGGCCGUGGAGGGCCUUGGAGGCAGUCAAAGCAAGGGUGAUGGAGGGCUGAGAGGACCUGGAGAGACUGGAAGAUGCCAAGAGGAAAGCUCAGCUAUAGAACAGACCUGGGGUGGGGGAGAAGGCAGCUCCCACGGGUCUCAAGCAGAUAAGCAGGACACUGUGGCCUGGGAGGCAGCCACGGUCACCAGAUGCCAGGAUUCAAGUAUCCCCUUGGAGGCCAGAAAGAAGUCUGAAGCAGGGUCUGAGGCUGGUCGAGACAGGAGCAGCCAAGCGCAGGAGAGUCAGGAGCCCGAUGAGCAGGAAGUGAAGAGUGAGGAGACACUGAGAACCUGGGAACAGGAGGAGGAGGAGGAAGAGGUCAGGGCAACAGAGCCAGUGGUGGCCACAGGGGUGGAGUCAGAGUGGACCUGGCACAAGGAGCCUGAGGGGAAGGCCGGUGCUGAUGGGCAAAAGGUGGCAGAGGACAGCAAGGAGUCAGAGCAGGUGGUCGAUGAGGCAGCUGCAGAGGAGAUCCAAGGGCCUGGGGCCAAAGGGGCUGAGAGGGAAGAAGAGGCGGUAGUGGUAAGGGGUAGCCAAGGCACAGGGGCACAGGGGACACAGCAGCCAGGGGCAGAAACUGAGGAUGGGGAAACCUCAGGCAGGGAGGAGGCUGACCUCUCAGGAGUUGGGGAGAUAGAAUGUGGGGCAGUCCCAGGAGAAAGGAUCCCAGAGGGUAGUGAGGGAGUCUGGGCCCUAGAGGAGACCUCCAAAGGAGACCAAGGGGAGGAGGAGGAGGUGGAUGAGAAUAGAGAGGUUGAAGUGAGCCUGUUCCCCAAGCAAACCCAGGCCCUGGGAACUGAGAUAGUGGAAGAAACAGCCAAGGACCAGGCAGCAGGGAGGGAAGCUGAGGAAGGCCAGGGGUCAGAGGGGGAGGUAGGGGAGGAAUUUGAGGGCCAGGCAGAUCAGACUGAGGAAGAGGCCGUGAGGAGGCAAGACGCAGAGAUCAGGGCUGCUCACACCAGGCUCAAGGAGGUGCUGCAGGCAGAGGAGGCUGAGAAGCAGCAGGAGAAUUGCUGGGCCUUGGAGGCUGAGCUGCUCCAAGACAAAGUAGCAAAUGAGGCUGAAGGUGACGUUGACUUGGAGGCAACCCCAGAGGCCAGGCUCGAGGAGGAGUUCAGCGGGGAGAGGGGUGAGGAAGAGACUCAGAUGGGGGGAGAACCAUUGGAGGUGAGGUGGGAUGGCCUUGAACGCAAGCUUACUGAAGACCAAGAACCUGAGCUGGUGGAAGGCCCCCAGACCCCAACAGAGCAACUUGAAGAGGGGCAGGAGGGUAAGGAAGAGCUCUGGAACAUUCCAGCUCUAAGCAGAGAGGAGACAGAGAGGAGCCUGGAGGGAUAUCCCAGGAAUGUGGGGUAUGCAGAGCCUGAUAACUCUGUGACCGAAGCCUGGGAAGACAGGGGAAGAAGGGGUGUGGAGAGAGGGAAUACCCAGGAGGAAAAAGCAGAUGCUGAAGAGGGGAAGGGGGAGGCUAGAGGAGGCCAGGCACUGGUGGCUGAGGCUGAAGGAGGCCAGGAGUCUGCACGACCAGAGGUCCCAAAGGCUGGGGAGUGGAUGAAAGCAAAGGAAGCCUGGCAUGGAGCAGAGGAGGGGGAGGCUCCUGGAGCAGAGAACCAGGAGCUGGGUGGAAGGCAGAGAGCAGAAGCAGGAAUCAGCCAGUCAUUAGGCGAGUCAGACGCGGCAGAAACCAAGGAGGAGGAGGUGGAGGCCACUGUGCCCUGGGGGGAAGACAGAACAUCCAGGAGAUGCUCGGGGCUGGAGGCGGAGGCUCUGGGCCUCCAGGACAGGGAGGACACAGAGGCAAAUUCUUUGGCUACCGAGAUUGUGGAAGAUAAGGCAGCCAAAGAUGGAAGGGCUCCUGGGACUGGGGAAGGCUCAGACAGAGAGGCUGAGGAAGCAUUUGGGAGAGACUGGGAUUCAGAAGCGGGAGAAGAAGCCAGCAGAGGUGAGGAGCUGGUAGAAGCUGCAGAGGGAGAGAAGAUGGGUGGGCAGGAGUUUGGCCUGGAGGGCUCAGCAGAGGAGGAGGUGCCUGGCAGAGGUGGCCAAGCAGAGGUUUUUGUGGCCACUUGGGAGGGUGAGCCCCGGGGAGAGGAGGCAGAGGUGGGGGAAUCCGCAGUGGCAGAAGGAAGCUGUGGGGUGGAUGGCGUUACCUCGGGCCCCCAGGCGGUGAGGGCGGAGCACCUCCCAGGAGGGCAGACCCUGUGGGAAGAAGAGGCUAGAGGAUGGCAAGCGAGGGAGCAGGGGAAAAGCAGUGAGGUGCGGCGUGGGGACCAGCACCCCGAGGAAGGGGCCCAAAGGCCCCUUGAGGCGGAGGACAUCGAGGUGACUGGAGACCAGAAGGCAGAGGCCGAGGAAAUUGAUCCAGAAGACCUGGAGGAUGCUCAGGGCCAGGAGGACCCGCUAACCAAGCAGGACCCUGCAGAGGCUGAGCCCGGACCAGGCGGGGAAGCUGCCGGGAGCGCUGGAGGGGAUGCUCAGGGCAGCUGGAGUGAGGCCCUGCUCCCUGGGUCUCGCCUGGAUGUCUCUGUGCCGAGAAGCCGGGUGCUGCUGUCCCGCAGCUCCUCACAACGCCGCUCCCGGCCCUCUUUCCGCCGGACCCCCGCCCCUGAGCAACGGGAGGAGGCUCGCACCCCCCCACUGGAGGAAAAGCUGUCAGCCCCUGAGCAGAGGCUUCUCGAGCCAGAGCAGCCCCCGGAGCCAAGCCCUCCCAGGCCUGAAGGGACUCCAUUGCCAGCCAGGAGAAGGCCCCUGGGCCAAGGGUUUGGCCUGGCACACCCUGGCAUGAUGCAGGAACUGCGAGCCAGGCUGGGCCAGCCAAAGCCCCAGUAACUGGGACCCGAGACGCUGGGAUCCAGGCCCUGAGCGAGGCUCAGAAGACUGGGUUACAUCCUGCUCAGCCCGACUCCCUCUGCUGUCUUUGGACGCAUCUUUCCCACCAUCUGGGCCUUAGUUUCUUGGUGUGUCAUUCACCGAGCAGACAGAACCAGAUGUCUGCAAGGGCCACGAACUUAAGGAGUCUGACUCUCCAAUGCAGCUGAUGGACCACUGCCCCACUGGGGUCACCUCUCUCUGAUGUCCUGCCUUGCCUCCCCUUCCAACCUGUCUCAGCCGCUUGGAGGACUGAGCCAGGACAGAGACAAUCCUCCCCACAGCCUUCCCUCUCUGUUGCCUUGACUCCCCACCCCGCCACCAGGCUGCUGCCUAGGAGUCAUGCAAACCUCUGGGUUGAAGCCAGCCUGGAGGAAAGGGUCAGGAAGAUCAGUGGAGCUCCAUGUGCAGUCAAAGGGAAGCAGACCAGCUGCUUGAAGCUUCCACAAUGGGAGCUCAGUCUUGGAGCUCUGCUGGUUACUAUGGCAACCACCAUCGGAACAAGCCAGACUGGGGGAAGGUGGGCCAGGAAUCCCAAAAAUGUAGGUGCAGAGAGGAGUCCAGGGUGACCAGAAGCUGCAGGCUCCAUUCCAGGGCCCCUUUGGGUGUCAGACACCCCCUUGUCUGAAAAGAAGCCGAGGCAGAGAGAGGGUGAGAGGGCUUUAUUAGGCACCCAUGUGGCAGCCUCGUUGGAGGAUGACUAGCAGGCCCCCCCCAAAAAUAAAUAAACCAUUUUUCCAAACAAUAAAUAAAUAUCUGAGAAAUAAAUAUCUGGCAAGGACUGGAGGGGCCUUAAGUUAUUGGGUGGGCUCUGGGGCGGGAGACCAGUGGAGUCAUGCCUUGUCUAAGGCAGAUGAGCUGGAGGCUGUCUGUUGGCCCAGACGCUCGUCCUCAAGUCCUGAUGGGUGGAGGGAAGGGGCUAAGAAGUCACUCCA